UUACACCAACUUACCUUAUAUGUUGACGUCGUACCGACCAUGGCCUUUAAGCCCGUGCUCCGCACCGCCAGUACCGUAUCCCGUUUUCGGAGCGCGCCCCUUGCCCAGCUGGAUUGAGUCAGGCGAGCGCCUCGGGCGUGACCCCAAUAGACAACAAUCCUCAUUAACAGUCACCGCGCCCACUGGCCUUAAUUAAAAUGCCCGUGACUAUGAGCAAGUCAGAAUAGGAGAAAUCCCUCUAAAACAAUUCACAGUGGGACAAUAUGUUAGUAAAUUUACAGUCGCCAACUUGAUGUCACAAUUUAAAUAAUUAAAUACAUUAAAACCAUUGUUAAGCCUUAAGCGCCCAAUUACCAGGUGCUACAUUUUUAUUGGGCACCUGGAACAUGUUUUAACUGGUCAUAGAGUAAAUUCAAUUAAUAUAAGUUUUUUGACGCCGACUCACAAAGAAGAAAAAGUUUCUCUUCCUUGCGAGGCGGCCAUGUCGGCAGUCUCCAACCACUCCGCGCCGGGAACAGACGUGUGUCCCUGGGCAGCGUCCAAGUUUUCUUUCUUUGAUUAUUUUAUUCUGUACUAAAUCUUUAAAUUUAAACCUCUUAUUAAUUCAUAGCUGCCCACGUCGACUCGGCGCGUAUUUUACGGAACCGGGCCUAUCCCGACCGUCUUCAUCGUGAUACCGCGCUGCAGAUCGUAUCACUCACGUAAGAGUUUCACCGAACUUAGGAGCCCGCUCAUCGACCACUCCCCCCCCCCCACCAACACCCGUUAACUUUUGGCGCUGGCAGUCUCCAGCGAGCAUCGACCCACGUCCCGCGAGAUUGCCGCGGUAACCAUUGUCAUGUAGUGUUGUGUUUAGUGUUGGUGAGAAUUUUUGUAGCGGGACUGAACCGCGGAGCGGACUUGUAGAGUGUACCGUGUACCAACAUGGACCCCCGGUGAAACUCCCAAAUUAAAUGUAUUCUCGCCAACUCGUAUAUCAUUUUCCGUAAUUCCCCGUCCUCCACACGGCCGAGCGGCCUUUACAGUCAAGGUAGAAUCAUUCAGGUUACAUUCAAGCCGUGUACCUGGCGGGGCACGCGGGGGCAGAGUACCCACGACCCCACACCAACGGCCUAGCAGCCCACUAGCCUGGCGACCCUCCGGACAACAAGAGCAUCGCGACGCCCGUAGCACCCGUCAGGUACCCCCCGGACCUUUCACAGAGGUCGGGUGACGGCAAUUUUUCAUCUAGCCGUGCUUAUGAAAAACCUGAAACAUUUGUAUUGUAGGUGGUUAGAUUGCACUCAUGUUUAAGAACUUUUGAUCAUAUACUUUUGCCAUUUUAUUUUUAACUUCAAUUACAAUAUGAAUAUAGUUGCAACCUAUCAGUUCUGCAGUAAUUCGCCACAGCCUAAGUUUUGUCAGUGCAGGCCUCAGGAUAGAACUUUAUACACACGUGAUUGCAUCCUAACCUGUUCGCGCGCAACAGCAAUGUGUUUAACCGAUCGUGGAGUGACGGUCUGACGACAGACUCGGCCAGGAGUUGAAUAAGUAAGUCUAUCAAGCAGUAAUAAAGUACAGUGUUUUCUCAGUCAUUUUCCUUUUAUUUCAAGGCAUCCUGGGUGGCCUGAACAGCCCAGGUAGUUUAAGCUAACGACACAUUCAUGCAUGCAGCUACAAGGUUGAAUCCCGCCCCCCUGAUAUCAUUUUCUAUUCAAUAUUUAUUCUAAACAUAAUCAGGCAACGAAAGUGCCUUCAAUUCAAAUAUAUUAUACAUUUAGAUAAACAAACAAAAACUGUUAAUACAAUUUUUCUUAAAGCUAUAUUUAUAUUCUAAACCUGUUAUUAAACAAAAGUUUUGUCAGUGACGAGAUUUUCACUACAGCUACAGUUUUACCUUUACUCCUUUGUCCGAAAUUAAAGUCUCUUUUACACUACCGAUGUUCAGGAAUUUGUGAGGAAGAACUGUAUUAUCAAUAGUGUAAUGCCAAUUGUUUUUAUUAUUAUUUCAAAUUAAUUCUGUCAGGAAGGUAGAUUUAAUUUUUCUGAUGGUGAUAUGUACAUUAUCGACCAUGAUUGAAUUCAUUUUCUUCCACAUCCGUCGUAGUUUCGUCCUGUAAUCGAUAUGUAAAUAAACAUGUCUGCUUUGCAUUUGAAAAUGUAUCUACCAGUCACAAGCAAACACUAAACUCAUUACAACAAAUAAAAAUGAUUCAGCACUUCACACAGAAUAUAUGUAAGUUAAAAUAUACAAGGUUGACGAGAAUCAGCCAUUUUCCACAUUGCGAUCUAAACAACCAAAUGCAUGGGACAUGUCUGCCAUGGUCUUGACAAAAACGGUCCUAUUCGUGUUUCAUAAAAUCUUUGUGACUAUGAAACAAUCUUAUGCGAUGGUGUUCUGAACAACGACUAUGAUACAGGAGAAUGAACUCUCAGAAAUAAGAAAUACAGGAUUAUUAUAAGAUUGUCUCCGUCAAGACUGUCUUUGUUUGCGAUUACUUGAGACUAUCUCAAGUAAUAUCUAUGGCACCCAAAUAUAAAAGAAAUAAUAAAUAAAAUAAAUCAUGUAAAAAUUAAUAACGAAGAAAUCUGUAGUUAGUAACAUUGAAUUUCGGAACAGUUCGAUAACUCUAGGUUUUUUUUUUAUUUAAUCGGAAGAUGUUGUGUUGUUUUGAUAAGUCUGUCAGGUUAGCAGAAGGAGUAACUAAUUGUGACUUUUGAGCUUUUGCUUUAUUUAAUUGUAUUAUCGAAGAGGCUGUGAAUUUUGUUUUGUUUGUAAAUGCAAUGAAGUUCGUUAAAAAUAAUAAAUCGUAUAGUAAAUAUUCGUGAUGUCCUGCAAUAUUCAAGCAUUUGCAGAUUUGUAUGAUAUUGACAGUUUGAAAACAUAUUUAUUUACAGGGGAUCAUAAUUCAGUUCCAGAUUGGGGGAGCAGUUCGUGGGAGUGGCCCGACGAAGAUGCACACCACCAGCACAACGAGAACAAAGAAAAGGCGUGGCUUCAAGAGUGCAAAAUAUCGCUUUCGUCCACGGGGGAAGUGCUGGUUGUUGCCCACAAAAACGCCAUGGUCAUUUUGACAGCUAAGUGGGACUCGCAGGCGGAGGGCGAUGCAAAGACCAGGUUCCACAUCAGUUGGCACGGGAAUCCCUGCGAGGAGCGCAAUGAGCUGAUCACGUCGGUUGCUUGCGUUCCGCUGAUAUCGCAGAAGCGCAGCUCUCACUGCGGUCCUGAUUGGACGUGCAUUAUUGUCGGAUUCUCUUCAGGCUACGUCAGAUUCUUCGCAGAGACGAGCGACCGACUGAUAUCCGAGCUGCUGCACGACGAGCCGGUGCUCCACGUCAAGUGCCAGUCGCACGGCGCACCACGGCACGCCGCGUCCCCGGAGCAGGCGGAGGAGGUCCACGUGGUGUACCCGUCCGCCAUCUGCAUCGUGCCGGGGUUCGGGCUCUUCCAGACGCUGCGGGCGUGUCGCAACCAGCUGGCGAGAGUGCAGGCCAACUGCGGGGACUCGCUGCGGGCCCCCCCGCUCGCCUGCCGCAAGCUGGGCUUCGCGGACCAGGACCGCGUGUCGGACUGCGAGGUGGCCGGCCCCGCCACGGCCGCCACCUUCGACCACCUGCAGACGGCGUCGGUGUGCGGGGGCUUCGGGGCGUGGUGCCGCUCCAGCGCGCCGCGCAGCACCGUGGUGGUGGCGGCCGGCAGCCGCCCCUUCGUGGGCUUCCACCACGCCGUGGAGGGGGAGGCCCCGCCCGUUUUGGCCGACAUGGCCAAGGCGCUGGCCUCCCGGAUCAAGUCCACCAUCCCGGGCUGGCUGCUGCCUCUGCGGAAAAGCAGCUCGAUGGACAAGGUCAAGGAGAAAGUGCAAGUGGAUCCAGUAGAAAACACUGCUUGCCGGUUCGGAGUGUGCGACAUCAUGAGGCACGGGAACCGGAUAGUGAUGUCCCCCGGCCGGAACUUGUCGGUGGUCUCCGACUCGCUCGGCCGCGUCAUCCUAAUCGACAACAAGCGAGGCGUGGCCAUCAGGAUGUGGAAAGGUUACCGCGAAGCCCAGUGUGGCUGGCUGGAGGCGCAAGAAGAUGUGAAGGGUCUCCGGUCCAGUGGGGACAGAAGUCACCGCUCUGCCCCAGUUGUGCCUAGGGUAGCUCUGUUCCUCGUCAUAUACUCCCCGAAGAAAGGAAUCAUCGAGAUAUGGACCAUGCAGCAAGGGCCGAAAAUAGCCACCUUCUCAGCCAGUAAGAGUGGCAGAUUGCUGUACACGAGUUAUGGCCUCAUGGGGCUUAACAAUAACCCCAUAAACGGUGGAAACAGAAGUGCUAGACCAUGCGUCUUCGUUGACCCAAGUGGUACCAUUAUGGACAUACAAGUGCCAUUCCAUUUUGCACUCAGCGACAGGCACAGCCAGCGAGCCCGGGACGCGCACCUGCUCAAGCGGCUGAAGGCGUCCGUGCGGGAGGCGGAGCGUGACGAGGGCCAGCUGGCGGACGAGGUGCGGAGGACCGUGCGGGACCUGAGGACCAGCGAGGGGCGACUCCAGACGCUGGAGUUCCUCUGCGCCAGCCGGCACUCCGCCCCCGAGGCCGUCCAGGCCGCCGUCGACGUCUGCAAGGAGAGGCUCGCGGACGUGGACAUGGAGUCCCUGGACUACAACAGCCGGUCGCUGCUCUUCGUAGUGCAGAAGCUGCAGCAGUUGGUUGCAUUGUAUCAGUUCCUGCACCGUCAGAACCAGCAACCACCGGAUUACAACACGGUCGUUCCGGCAGAGAAGCCGACUCCUCUGCACAUGUCUUCGGUGUUAAAUGCUCCUGAAAGGCAAAUGGAGAGGCUUCUCGAAGUAAUGGAUGUAAUAUCUUCAAUUUGUGAGAACUCGAAACCAAGCAAUCCCGAAGCCAGGGUUGCUUUUGCAGACGACGAAACGUCUUCGUUGUCUGACUUCCUGUCGAGUUUCGACCUGGAGGGACUGUCGCACACCAGCACAACCACUGGCACUAUCAACACAAUCGCAGAAUACCAACCUGUUUUUCUGAGGAAAGAUAUUACAGAAGAUAAGCUUACCAGGGUUGGGGAGCUGCUGUUCCGAGGCGUGCUGUGCAGCGAGGGCGACGUGCAGGAGUGGCGUGCCGCGACGGCCGCGAGCCGCGUCGAGCCGCGCGACCUGGCCCGCCUGGCCGUGGCGUUCUGGCUGAACCGGCGCGAGGGCGCCGCGCUCCUCGCCGAGAUGGCGCGCUUCUCCCAGUUGCUGCACGCCAUCUGCACCCUGGCAGGCACGGGCCGGGUGUGCGCGGACUACGGCGAGGUGUCGCAGUGGUGGCAGCCGGUCCGGGCUCAGCUCGCGGACUCCUCCAACCCCUUCAGGGCGCUGACGGGGGCCAUGAUCUGCUGCGCGGUGGCCCGGCGGAUGGGGGACUCGCGGGAGCUGGACCAGGGCGCGGGCGACCCACAGAAGGCGGCCGGCGAGUGGGAGAACAUGUCCCAGGACGUCUGCCAGUGGAUGCUGCUGAUUGGCCAGCUGGAAGACGUUGCUCUGCUCGAUGCUUUCCUCAGGCAGAGACCUCACGUCACAGGAGAGAAGAAGACUAGAAUCAAGACCUUCUGGCUGACGUACGAGAAACUGGCCGUGUCCCUGAGCAACAUUCUAAAGAACGGAAAAGGUUCGGUGUCGGAGCUGGUGGCCCGGUGGGUGAGCUACUCCGGCAUAGAGCCCCAGUACCUGGUGGACCGGUCGGAUCAGGAGUUCUGCGCAGAGGCGGGCGAGAAGGCAUCAGAGGAGCCCUCGGACGGGCGGUCGCCUGCGCGGGGGGUCGCGGUCGAGCGCUGCUCGGAAGCCGUGAACCUGGAGGACAGUCACGCGCAGACACUCGAGCUGGUCGGCCUGCUGAAGAAGCACUUCCCGUACAGCCUCACGUCCAGCGUGCUGUUGGCCAACCUGGGCUGGGAGUACCUGCUCUCCUGGCAGCGGAACACAGAGCUCAUUCUCGAGGCCCUGGAAGCCGCCGUUUCCUGCCUGCGUACCGUCCCGUCCCCCCACAUGAGGCAAGGUGUAUGCAGUCUCGCCUGGUCGAUGCACCUUGGCCAAAGGUUUGAAUCUGCAGCAAGGCUCAUGCAUAAGGUUGGGAAGGUUCCGAAAGAGAGGCUGUGUCGGCAAGAGGUUGGCAUCUCUGAUCUAGAGCUCACUGCAUUUCUGCGUUCAUGCGUCACUUUCCUGGACAUAUUUAUGGAAGCCAGCCUUCAGUGCGACGCGUGCCGGCCCGCCGACUUCAGCCGGUGGGAGGAGCUGUGGCAGGGGGAGGGGGAGGGCGCUCCGCCCCUCUCGGCGCUCGCCCUGGCCCAGCCCCCGCCCAGCUACGACCUGCUGCAUCUGCACCACCAGCUGGCGUCCGCUCUGCUCAUGAUGGCCGCCUUCCACCUGCGCCUCCCGCGGCCCGUCUCCGCGCUCUUCGACAGCACCAGCCAGGCAGCCCUGUUCAGCGACUUGGCUUCGAAUCCACAGCUUCCCGGUCACUGCCUCGACCAGAAGCUAAACGAGACCCGGUUGGACUUCCUGUUCCGGGUGAUAGCAGGAGCCACGCAGUCCAUUCAGAGGAUAGCCGACUCUGCGGAUGAUAGGGCGUGCAGCGCGGACGUGCAGAGCGCCGUGGAGUGGACCGGCCGCUGCCUGGAGCUGGCCGCGGCGUGGCACAUCGGCCCAGACGCGCUGCGCAGACACCAGAUCUGCGAGCUCUACUCCUGCGGGCACGACCGCCUGGCGGAGGAGAUAAUUCCUGCUGUCAGCGACACGGCGACAGUUGGCUCCCAGCUGCUCAUGAUCGUCGGGCAGAGAGUGAAGCGCAUGAUCAUGUCGUCUUCAAAUCUGCACCACAAGAUAGCCCAGCUCAGUCCUUUGCUGUCCAGUUGGAUGGAGAGUUUGGACGAGGGCGCCCUGCACAGCGACAGCCGGCCGCUUGCGGACACGGCCCAGCUGCUGGGCCACGUGGUGAGGCUGCUGCCCGAGGGCCACCGCGACCACCAGCUGGCGCAGCACAUGCUGGAGGCCCUGCACGCGCUGCAGGACUCGCUGUGACCACGUGGUGAGGCUGCUGCCCGAGGGCCACCGCGACCACCAGCUGGCGCAGCACAUGCUGGAGGCCCUGCACGCGCUGCAGGACUCGCUGUGACCACGUGGUGAGGCUGCUGCCCGAGGGCCACCGAGACCACCAGCUGGCGCAGCACAUGCUGGAGGCCCUGCACGCGCUGCAGGACUCGCUGUGACCACUUGGUGAGGCUGCUGCCCGAGGGCCACCGAGACCACCAGCUGGCGCAGCACAUGCUGGAGGCCCUGCACGCGCUGCAGGACUCGCUGUGACCACGUGGUGAGGCUGCUGCCCGAGGGCCACCGCGACCACCAGCUGGCGCAGCACAUGCUGGAGGCCCUGCACGCGCUGCAGGACUCGCUGUGACCACGUGGUGAGGCUGCUGCCCGAGGGCCACCGCGACCACCAGCUGGCGCAGCACAUGCUGGAGGCCCUGCACGCGCUGCAGGACUCGCUGUGACCACGUGGUGAGGCUGCUGCCCGAGGGCCACCGAGACCACCAGCUGGCGCAGCACAUGCUGGAGGCCCUGCACGCGCUGCAGGACUCGCUGUGACCACAUGGUGAGGCUGCUGCCCGAGGGCCACCGAGACCACCAGCUGGCGCAGCACAUGCUGGAGGCCCUGCACGCGCUGCAGGACUCGCUGUGACCACUUGGUGAGGCUGCUGCCCGAGGGCCACCGCGACCACCAGCUGGCGCAGCACAUGCUGGAGGCCCUGCACGCGCUGCAGGACUCGCUGUGACCACCUGGUGAGGCUGCUGCCCGAGGGCCACCGAGACCACCAGCUGGCGCAGCACAUGCUGGAGGCCCUGCACGCGCUGCAGGACUCGCUGUGACCACUUGGUGAGGCUGCUGCCCGAGGGCCACCGCGACCACCAGCUGGCGCAGCACAUGCUGGAGGCCCUGCACGCGCUGCAGGACUCGCUGUGACCACUUGGUGAGGCUGCUGCCCGAGGGCCACCGCGACCACCAGCUGGUGCAGCACAUGCUGGAGGCCCUGCACGCGCUGCAGGACUCGCUGUGACCACGUGGUGAGGCUGCUGCCCGAGGGCCACCGCGACCACCAGCUGGCGCAGCACAUGCUGGAGGCCCUGCACGCGCUGCAGGACUCGCUGUGACCACGUGGUGAGGCUGCUGCCCGAGGGCCACCGCGACCACCAGCUGGCGCAGCACAUGCUGGAGGCCCUGCACGCGCUGCAGGACUCGCUGUGACCACGUGGUGAGGCUGCUGCCCGAGGGCCACCGAGACCACCAGCUGGCGCAGCACAUGCUGGAGGCCCUGCACGCGCUGCAGGACUCGCUGUGACCACGUGGUGAGGCUGCUGCCCGAGGGCCACCGCGACCACCAGCUGGCGCAGCACAUGCUGGAGGCCCUGCACGCGCUGCAGGACUCGCUGUGACCACGUGGUGAGGCUGCUGCCCGAGGGCCACCGGGACCACCAGCUGGCGCUGCACAUGCUGGAGGCCCUGCACGCGCUGCAGGACUCGCUGUGACCACGUGGUGAGGCUGCUGCCCGAGGGCCACCGGGACCACCAGCUGGCGCUGCACAUGCUGGAGGCCCUGCACGCGCUGCAGGACUCGCUGUGACCACGUGGUGAGGCUGCUGCCCGAGGGCCACCGCGACCACCAGCUGGCGCAGCACAUGCUGGAGGCCCUGCACGCGCUGCAGGACUCGCUGUGACCACGUGGUGAGGCUGCUGCCCGAGGGCCACCGCGACCACCAGCUGGCGCAGCACAUGCUGGAGGCCCUGCACGCGCUGCAGGACUCGCUGUGACCACGUGGUGAGGCUGCUGCCCGAGGGCCACCGCGACCACCAGCUGGCGCAGCACAUGCUGGAGGCCCUGCACGCGCUGCAGGACUCGCUGUGACCACUUGGUGAGGCUGCUGCCCGAGGGCCACCGCGACCACCAGCUGGCGCAGCACAUGCUGGAGGCCCUGCACGCGCUGCAGGACUCGCUGUGACCACGUGGUGAGGCUGCUGCCCGAGGGCCACCGGGACCACCAGCUGGCGCAGCACAUGCUGGAGGCCCUGCACGCGCUGCAGGACUCGCUGUGACCAUGUGGUGAGGCUGCUGCCCGAGGGCCACCGCGACCACCAGCUGGCGCAGCACAUGCUGGAGGCCCUGCACGCGCUGCAGGACUCGCUGUGACCACGUGGUGAGGCUGCUGCCCGAGGGCCACCGCGACCACCAGCUGGCGCAGCACAUGCUGGAGGCCCUGCACGCGCUGCAGGACUCGCUGUGACCACGUGGUGAGGCUGCUGCCCGAGGGCCACCGGGACCACCAGCUGGCGCUACACAUGCUGGAGGCCCUGCACGCGCUGCAGGACUCGCUGUGACCACGUGGUGAGGCUGCUGCCCGAGGGCCACCGCGACCACCAGCUGGCGCAGCACAUGCUGGAGGCCCUGCACGCGCUGCAGGACUCGCUGUGACCACGUGGUGAGGCUGCUGCCCGAGGGCCACCGCGACCACCAGCUGGCGCAGCACAUGCUGGAGGCCCUGCACGCGCUGCAGGACUCGCUGUGACCACGUGGUGAGGCUGCUGCCCGAGGGCCACCGGGACCACCAGCUGGCGCUGCACAUGCUGGAGGCCCUGCACGCGCUGCAGGACUCGCUGUGACCAUGUGGUGAGGCUGCUGCCCGAGGGCCACCGGGACCACCAGCUGGCGCUGCACAUGCUGGAGGCCCUGCACGCGCUGCAGGACUCACUGUGACCACGUGGUGAGGCUGCUGCCCGAGGGCCACCGCGACCACCAGCUGGCGCAGCACAUGCUGGAGGCCCUGCACGCGCUGCAGGACUCGCUGUGACCAUGUGGUGAGGCUGCUGCCCGAGGGCCACCGGGACCACCAGCUGGCGCUGCACAUGCUGGAGGCCCUGCACGCGCUGCAGGACUCGCUGUGACCCGAGCUGAGUCAGAGCUGCAUUCAACCGAAACUUUAUCCAAUCGUAAAAAAAUUGUAAUCGUUUAAUGUUUAAAAUUCAAGGAGUGUCGUUAUUUCUGGGCAAAUAAUUGUACAAAAGUUCAUAGAAUAGAAAAAUUAAUUGAAUUUGUUUUAUCGUGCAUCUCUUAUUGAAUAAUUUUUAUACAAUAAAAUUGAACUCUUCUCUUUUAAAAAUGAAAUUGGACAAAAAUAAAACCAUAAAAUCUUGUUACUUUCUACUCAUCACCUUCCAUCGUCUCUCAUGGCUUCGAUGGUGAAAAAAUGUUUGGCUCGAUACAUUACAUUGAGCAUUUGGCCAGCAAAACUGUUGUAUUUGUACACAGAGUUCAAGACUAGGAGAGUGUUCACACUUUGACAGCUGAAUAAUCUUGUAAAAUUAACAUACCGUGUUUUAUCGCAGAAUCGUUGCACGCGCGUAAUCGUUGCAACCAUAUUUUAGGCUGUCAAAAUUGGGAUAAAAAAAACUUCUUGCGUAAACGUCGCAUGUUGUUUUUGGUCCCGCUUGUAGAUGCCGAUUGCUUUGUGUAGGUAUCUUUUCCGUAUAAAACGAUGUAUUUUAAAGUAGAAAUCUAAUAUUUAUUUGGUCAUUACCACUUACUUAAUAAAUCAACAGAAAAAUACGACGUUGUUUGGCGCGUAAAUUUUCUUAUAAAGACGUUUUUAAAAGUUAUUUCCUUUAUCUGAUCGUCUGCAUCGCCGCGGUGUAGGUGAAAUCUGAAAUUUAAUUUCGGUCAUUACCACUUAUUUAUUUAAUAAACGGAAAUACAAAGUUGUCUGACAUGUAAAUUUUCUUUUAAAGACGGUUUUUAAAAGGAAUUUUCUUUAUCUGAUUGUGUGCGUUUCCGCGGCGUACUGCUUAUAAAAAUGUAGCCAGCGCAUCAUUCAUGUUUGGUUAUGUUGCUUCCCGUAUAGAGCGCGCGCACGUAGUUGAAUAUCGAUAUCUCGCCAAUUGGAUGCAACGCGCGCUCUCUAUCAGGUGCCGAGUUAACUACAUUUGAUAGCCCACAUUCUUUCGUGGCAAGUGUGUACUACGACACGUUAGUUCACGUCAGAUUCUAGUGGCUUGCGUUCGCGUUAGAGUUUUGGUUUUUCUAUUUUGAGUUGAAGAAAUGUUUUUGUUUAAGGAAUUAUUAAUAUAGAUUGUUUGGCGUGCUCUUGUAUACUCCGCCUUUUUUUAAAUAAACGUACUUUCCAUGAACGGGUUUUGUUUUUAUGAAUAACUUUACCUAACAAAAAAAUUUUUUCCGCACAAUGGUCGCACCCCUACUUUUCAAACUUGAUUUUAGAAUAAAAUCUGCGUCGAUUAUGCGAGAAAACACGGUAAUACUCAUUGGUGAAUGAUGUGCUCCAUUCAUCUGUGUUUGUUUCGAUUACUUUGCAUUAUUAUUCUGCUGUCAGUCUGAAUGUUUGUUGAAGAACGUGCAAUCAAAAAAACGUAUUUUGACCAGAGUGUUUACAAUAAUGAUACUCCAACAAACACAGUGCUUUCGUUAAAAUAAUUAAAAUUAAAUUUUAAAAUUGUAAUUAAGUGCAGUACAUCAAUAACUCAUUACAACGUACCUAUGAAGUUCUUAGUAAUGAAAGUACUAUAACCUAAACUAUUUGUAAAACAUGUUAUAGAGGUUAAUAAAUUUUCAUUUAAAAGUGAAGUACAGUAAACUCUCGAUUAUCCGGGCCUGGAUUAUCCGGUUUUCGGGUUAUCCGUGCUUGAUUUUUUUAUGAAGUUGUGAAAAAAAUGACGGGGUGUUAGCUACUGCACUUUUUUUUUUUUUUACUGCUGACCCUUCAGACCCUCGUUCCCCCGCCACCUUCACCCGUCAAUUUGUCACAUUUUAAACCAAAAAUGAAUCCCUUGACUGCUGCUUCAGGCUCAACUUCCCCCCCCUUUUUUUUUUUCAUUUUCUUUUCAAGCGCCCCGCCACGCUAAAAAAAAAAGGUCCCUCUACCUCUUUUACCUUCCCACACUCCUGACGGCUGGAAGAGGCAUUUUUCACGCAGUUAUUUACAUCAGUUCUUCCAGGCACAUUUGUUUUUGUAAUCAUGUCUGGUAAAAGGAAACGUAAAGUGCUGACAAUGGCAGAGAAGUUAGAAGUUGUGGACAGGUUAAGAAAAGGAGAAACUGCCGCGAAAUUAGCACAGGAAUAUUAAAUUGUAAUCCAAACCGUGCGAGACAUUAAUAAAAGUGAAGAAAAACUUUUGCAGUUUGCUAGUAGAUCAGACAGUGUGGCAGGGCCUUCUAAACCUAAAAGCAUGAAAACAUCUACCCACGCACACGCACGCAACGAGGUCUCACACGCACAAAAGGAACAAGGCUCUCAUACACACGUACACACACGGGGGGGUGGUUUAGGAAUUUCCCCUCUACCGUCCGAAGCAGCCAGUAACACAAUGGGAGGGGGAGGGCUUCUUGAAAACGCGAAGCGAGAGAGAGAGACAGAGAGAGAAAGGAGGCAUGUUGUUCGCCACCAGACACCCCUUCCUCACCCAAAAAACCCCCACCCAACAACAGCCAUCAUUCUUUCUGGACAGCUAGGUGCGAGUCAUGGUCCACAGCCCCGGCGCCAGCAUAGCCACGGCCCUCUUUCGCUUUGCAGCCUUUGUUUACUGCAUGACCUUUUUUUUCCCUUCCAAUUAACGGUAUUUUUCCUUGUUUGAAGAUGCCAUUUAAAUCACUCUUUCUUACGAAAGAGCCAACAAGGAAGCACUCGUAAUAACCAGAUUAGUUUAGGAUUACUAUUUACGUAGUCAAACUACCGGUGCAUUUUAAAACUCUCGUAACUUCGAAGGUCUCGUAGUAUCCCAUACUCGUAGUUAUGACUGUAAAGUGCAUCCUUAUUUUAAUAGACGGAACUAACAAGAAACAAUAUCUUGCCGCGCGAGGUAGACCCCGGAUAAUAGGUCCUUAAAAGGGUGGAGGGAGAUGCUGAGGAGGGAGAUGCUGAGUUGGGACUGCUGCCGCUCUCCCUCCCGUAGCAAUAAAGGGGACAGGAGAAGGAUGCCGGCAACACAGUGCCAGUAUUGUUUACGGUCCAAUAAGCUGGGACACGGUAUACAAAGCCUUUGCUUGUACUCAUAGAAUUAUACUGAAGAGACACUUUUGCCAGUAAAUACACCAUUUUUAAGUGGUGAAACGGAUUAUCCGGGUUUUCUUAUGGGCAUUCAAUUAUCCGGGCAUCGGAAGGUCCCAAUUAACACGGAUAAUCGAGAGUUUACUGUACUUUGUAUUGAGGUUCCAUGGCACUCUUUAUUACUAGUUACGAAAUUUGUAACUGAUACAAGUACUGCAUGAUUUUAUAAUUUACGCAACCCGCCAAAUGCAUCCAUCUUGUGUUUGUGACAGAUCCAUUGGCAAAUAAGCAGUUCAAUGCUGGGGCCACAAAUAUUUUUCUGUAUCUCAUUAUUAGUGUAUGGCUAGUCAGAACACUUCAAAAGCCUUGCUAGGCCUCCUUUCCUCCAUACAGUCAAAUGCUAUUGUAUGAAAUUUAUUGUCUAAGUUUGCUUAAAUGGUGCUCAGUUUUGGAUAGGGUGUUUUUCUCAGAAGUUGAUUACAAAAAGUGUAGUUGAGGUGGAAUGUACUGUAUCUAGAGACACAUUUUUGUAAAGUAAUGUCACUUUAUACAUUAACUGCUCUUUCCAAGUGUUUCUAUAGUUUUUGUUGUUUCUGUAAAAAAAUAUAUAUACUAUAUAUAAUGUCUAUAGUAUUGUUGUAGUAAGCCUCUCAUUGGAUCCACCAAAAAAUGGCCACAGAAAAAAUAAAUUUGAAUAAAACAAUUUUUUGAUAGUUUUAUUGUGCAGUCCAGUAUUGCCAGCACAAAAAAUUUAAUAUUACUUGAAACUAUAACUUUUUCACAUGCUCAAAUGUUUAUAUAAGUCAAAAGUCAUCAUAAAAGAUUUUGUUUUCCCAUUAGCAACAAGUAUUUUAUGACCACGAACUUUAUGAAAAUAUGUGGUCACAGCUAUUUAUUUUAAUUUCAUACUAGUGACAUAUAACUAGUGUAAAACUGGAAUACUUUAUUGCAUACAUAUAGAAUUUAACCGAUGUAUCGUUUUAGCUACAUCUGACACGAAGCUUUGCAUCGCAAUUGAAGCUACAGGUAAAAAUAAUUUCAUAUUUCCUGGCAAAGUCAAAUCAAAUAUUGAAAAGAGCUUUGAUUGAUUUGGCUUAGUUGAACCUUCUCACAGGCCUAUUUGGCAGCAUGUUAUUUAGGAACAUAAGGACACACAUUUUAACACAUAAACAAGCCCAACUUAAUUUUUUUGUUCAUUUUAAAGGCUCAGGUGUACAUAUGUACAAAUGACAGUACAGUAAUGAGCGUUCCCGAACUGCCCUGAGCACGUCCGACCACCACUUACGUAUGCACUGUAAAAGUGUAUUAGGCCUUAGCUAAAGUUUAUGGGUUUUUAUCUUAAGUUCACUUAGUUGGCUUCAGUCCGUACAUUCCCUGCCGGUGCCGGACCAUCGGGCAUUCCGUGCCGAUGGAUGCCCGACUCUGGAGUCUACCGCACUAAAUGCAGCAAACAAACUUCUAAGAAAGAAGUGUGUCUAGGUUUGCUGAUCAUCAGCCAAGCUUGCCAGUCCUAGAUGUUUGCCAGUCCAAGGACAUAGCAAGUGGGGAGAUCCCUGGGGUCCCGCCUGAACCCUUCCAAGGUUUUUUUUGUUUAAAAAAAAAAAAAAACUAAGACAGAAUAACUUAAUUACAGCAACCUAACCUAGCUACACAAGGUUUAAGAUGUAUUAUUUUGGAAGGAUUUUUUUUUACCCUUAGUGGGCACACACACAAAAGCGGCAUGAAUUGUGUUUUCAUGUAGUUGAUUAUUAAUUAAAAUUUGCACACCUGUUUUUAUAAGCAUUUCUUUCAUACUAACUUGACAUGGGUGUUUCAUGUAUUUAAUAAAAUAACUGUAUAUGUAUUUAUGACUUGUUUUGAAAAUUAUUCAAAUAAUUGACCUAGGAACAAUGAAUUAAAACAAUAAAAAAAAAAAAAA